AUGGCAGUCCCAGACAGUGACGGAGCUGCAGUCCUGGUCAACCUUCCCGUUUUCAACACGAUGAAUGUUCACGUUUGGUUCUCGCAACUGAGUGCAAUAUUUCAGGCUAAGAGAAUCCAGUCACAGACUGCUCGUUUCGCUGAUGUAGUCGAGAAACUACGUCCCGACAUCGCAUCGGAAGUUUCCGACUUGUUACGUAACGUCCCAUCAGAGAACCCAUUUAACGUUCUGAAAGAAGCCAUUAUAUACAGGACCGGAAAGUCAGAGGAACGACGAAUCAACGACUUGUUCAACACGCUUCAACUCGAUCAGAACAAACCAACACAACUUCUUCGGAAGAUGAAAAACCUUUUGGGUAACAACACCAUGUCAGAGGCUUUGCUACGGAAACUCUGGCUGGACAAGCUGCCGACCCACACCGCGCAGAUUUUGGCAACAAUUCCUGAGGACUUGGACCUACUACGAGUGGCUGCAGUAGCCAAUAGAAUCGUGGAGACAAGGACUCUUAACAGCACUCAUAUUUCCUCAGUGGACAGCACACCACGUGACGACACACUAAAGAAAAUGCAGCAGCAGAUCGAAAAAUUGUCCACGCAACUGGAGCGACUGAGUAGAGUGCAUUCGCAUCCAGCAUGCAACGCAUACAAGUCUCGACACCAUAGCAGAACUAACUCGAACACUAGGAGUAAACCAAACACUGGAAUUUGUUGGUACCACCAAAAGUUUGGACAAGCAGCGAGACAUUGUGCAGAACCUUGCCAUUUCAACGGUCGAUCAACAUCUACUAAAAUCAAGCGGGAAAAGGCGACCCCCAACAGCACAUGA